CGGAAGGCGCGGCGGGCGCUGGCGGGCGAGGGGCGCGGCCGCCAUGGCGAACCGGACGGUGAAGGACGCGCACAGCAUCCACGGCACCAACCCGCAGUACCUGGUGGAGAAGAUCAUCCGCACGCGCAUCUACGAGUCCAAGUACUGGAAGGAGGAGUGCUUCGGCCUGACGGCCGAGCUGGUGGUGGACAAGGCCAUGGAGCUGAAGUACGUGGGGGGUGUCUAUGGCGGGAACAUUAAGCCUACGCCCUUCCUGUGCCUGACGCUGAAGAUGCUGCAGAUCCAGCCGGAAAAGGACAUCAUCGUGGAGUUCAUAAAGAACGAGGACUUCAAGUAUGUCCGAAUGCUUGGUGCGUUGUACAUGAGACUGACAGGCACGGCCAUUGACUGCUACAAGUAUCUUGAACCACUCUACAAUGACUACAGAAAAAUAAAAAGUCAGAACAGAAAUGGGGAAUUUGAACUGAUGCACGUGGAUGAAUUUAUUGAUGAACUACUCCACGAGGAACGUGUAUGUGAUAUCAUCCUGCCUCGAUUACAGGUCUGGAUAAAAAGAAAAGAAAAACGAUAUGUCCUGGAAGAAGCUGAGCAACUUGAGCCUCGUGUCAGUGCUCUGGAAGAAGACAUGGAUGAUGUAGAAUCUAGUGAGGAGGAGGAGGAGGAGGAUGAGAAGCUGGAGCGAGCACCCUCUCCUGACCACCGCAGAAGAGGCUACAGGGACCUGGACAAACCUCGCAGAUCCCCAGCUGUGCGGUACAGGCGGAGCCGGAGCAGGUCUCCAAGAAGACGAAGCCGCUCUCCAAAGAGAAGAAGCCCAUCCCCACGCCGGGAGAGGCAUCGCAGCAAAAGCCCAAGACGACACCGGAGCAGAUCCAGGGAGAGGCGCCACAGAUCGAGAUCUAAGUCUCCAGGGCAUCAUCGUAGUCACAGACACAGAAGUCAUUCCAAAUCACCUGAAAGAUCUAAGAAAAGUCACAAGAAGAGUCGGCGAGGGAAUGAAUAGGAGACUAAAUCCAGCACACCAUUUAAGGACCUUGAACUGAAGUCUGAUACUGUCCUGUUUGCUUUGCAGGACAGCUGGACAUGUACUGGCUGCUUUAGCAGCCCAUUUCUUUGCUCCUUCUUCUCUUGUACGAGUUUUGCUUGUUUCUUUUUUAAAUAAAAGAAAGCUAUGGAUA